GUUAUUGAAGCCACACAGCAAGCCCACAACAAGCCCAAGACUGUCAUUGGAGAAGUCCAUAGAAAUCCAUGUAACUAGGGUUCUACCAUCUAGUAUAAAUAAUAGUUUAAGACUUUGUAAAAACUUAUCUUGGCUGCCAUAAGAGCAGCUCUCUUCCACUUAAUGAAAUAUCAGUUCAUCUACUUGUGUUCUUGGUGACAAUCUAGAGUUCAUCUUCUCUUUACUUUCUUCUUUUUUAUAAAUAAAGCUCUAUGAGCUAUUAGUCUUCAAUAAGCUUCUUAGAGCACAAAUCUAUCUUUAUAUUCAAAUGUCUUCAUGGUAUCAGAGCUUCAGUCGGUUCAUGGGUUAUUCUAUCCUCUUCUAGCUUCUGUGCACUCUUUCUAAGCCAUCUCAAGCUUCCAACAAGCUCUCUCAGAAAAACAAGGAGUUAAUGGGUGUUCUUUCAUCACGUUCAGCUUCCUCAACCUUAAGUCAGCUUCAUUGUUUCGUGGGUAUGGUCUCUGAAGUCGAAAUCCAAAAAAAGGAGGAGACUUUCUACGAUUUGGUUGCACUUAUGAAAAUUCAAGAAGAACGAGUCAGCAAGGUUGUGGUAAUGUUGGAAGCCAUGGACGCUCGUUUCUGAAGACGUGAAGGCAGUAGAGUCACAAGUUCCUCAAGUUUUUCAGAGACAUGUGAGAGCAAGGAUUUAAUGACAGUGCUAAAGCUUCUCAUCUUAUCAUCCACGGAGAGUCACCAUCAAGACCAAUGGGGCAUGAUAGAAAGUUCACUUGGGUGAUUAAAAAUUUCUCAUCUUUGGAGUCUGAGAAAAUAUAUUCUGAUCAAUUCGUCAGCGGUGGCUGCAAAUGGCGUCUCAUGGCCUUUCCCAAGGGAAAUCCAAAGCUGGAUGAUGGUUGUGAUUGGGUGGAUGCCAAUGGGUUUCAAGUUCUUUCUUCACAGGUGAAACUCGUGAACCGUAUCUUUGAAAAACAUCCCGACAUUGCAUUACAAUUCCGUGCAAAGAACCAACAUCUGAGGACAGCAUGCAUGACUGUCCUACUCUCCCUGAUCGAAACACUCUGCCAGUCACCUCAGGAGCUUUCCAGCGAAGAUCUGGUGGAAGCACAGAAUGCACUAGCGCACGUGAAAGAUGCGGGAUUUAAGGUGGAUUGGUUGGAGGAGAAGCUCGAGAAAGUGAAGGGAAAGAAGGAGGAGGAGCAGACUGGUGAGGCUCGGAUGCAAGAGUUAGAGGAAGAACUGAAGGACCUUAAGCAAAAGUGCUCAGAGAUAGAAGCUUCGUUGGAGAAAGAGAAGGCAAAGGUGUCUGCCGCCAGAACUCAUCUAACACUGGAUGAGUUUAUCUAACUUGGGUCUCCUGCUUGCUGUGUUCUGGUCUGUUCGUUUCAGUCUCUAGGAUGUUUUAAUUGCAAUGCACGGAGUUUCAAUGGAAAACAAUGUCUUUUUUCCAUGCCUAAUGUGAACGGAUAAUUGCCUGUAAGUAGUUGCUUAAAGCUUUUCAGUCUCUAGAA